AUGGCACAUUUUGGAAAAGACCUCGAUCAUUUCAGUUCGUCUAGAACUGUGAGGAUUAAAGGGUCUGAAACAGUGGAAAACCAUACGGUUUACACGGUAGAAGUCUCGGUUGGAUCCUACACGUGGACUGUUAAACACCGAUACAAUGAUUUCCUUUUGCUACAUGAGAAGCUGGUUUCAGUAUGCAAAAUAGACAAGACCCUGUUGCCUCCAAAAAAAAUAUUUGGAAACCAAAGUGAGGGAUUUAUAAAGAAGCGCCAGGCGGAGUUAGAGGCCUAUCUACAAACAGUGUUGUACUACGUAGCUCACAAAGUUCCACCAGUUCUUGCCACCUUCCUUGAAUUCAAUAGAUAUGAAAUUCAUGGCAUUACACAGGGUAUGGCAGAAGAUCUCUACAAUAGAGGGGAUGUCCUACUCCAAUCUAGGGAGAUGUAUGAAGUGACCCCUCUUCAGCUUUUCUCUCUCACUGAACGUCUGAAGUUGCCUGAACCUACCUGUGAUAGUGGUGAUGUUAAAAAAGAUAUAGGGCACAUCUUGGACUUCAUCACAAGAGUCAAAUAUCUAAAGGUUGUUGGCAAUACAGAUCCUGUGGGAUCCAGCAAUAUUGAUAUGUCACAGCUCAAAUUUGACCUUUCUCUGUUCAAGUCACUCCAGUGCUUAGAGGUAUCGUUCAGUAUAGCUCUCCAAAUCUCUGGAAUAGAUACCAUCAAACAGACAAUGGAUAGAAUCACGCUUCAUUACUGUGUCAGCAAAAUCAGGGACAUCCUGCUGCAAGACUUACCACAGUGGAAGGCAGAUGAUGGUACAUUGCUUGUGUCCUACUGGGACAAACUCACAGAAGCUGAUUUCAGUCACAACACCAUCACAGAUAUAGACGAUAGUGUGCAACUGAUGCCGCGUGUGGAGGUCCUGAAUCUCGCCCACAAUCACAUCAAGAGUAUCCAGCACCUUAACUGGCUGAGUCGACUGACCUACCUCGACCUUUCCUAUAACACAUUUAGAUCUCUUGAUGCUUUACAUACCAAAAUUGGCAACCUGAAGACCCUCAUCCUGGCUGGAAAUAAACUAGACAGUCUACAAGGACUGUCGAAGUUGUUCUCAUUAGAAAAUCUUGAUGUCAGCCACAAUGAGAUCUCACAGAUGACAGAGGUGUUACAUGUAUGUAAGCUGCCCUGUUUGGAGGAACUUCACAUGAACAAUAACCCUGUUACUACAGUGCUGGACUACCGUACCAAGGUCCUCUCCAUGUUUAUGGACCGUGCAUCAGAGGUAAUCCUGGAUGAUCACAAGCCAAGUCAAAAGGAGUUGGACACUGUGGCUGUGCUACAGGCAAUACAGAAGUCUAAAGAAAACAAGGACAAAUCCAGGAAACCUAUUACAAGGAAGUCAAUUAGUGAUGACCGUCCCUCUGGUUCCCCUGUGUUGCCUGACCUUUAUGAGGAGCAGGGGUUACCCCAGGCCAGUUCUACAGGUAAUGCUCCGGUGGAGACUCAGGGCAGCAAGAGUUAUGACGAGAACCUCCAGACAGACGACACUGUGACAUCACAAAAUUCCAAAACAGAAGUGAAGGAGAGGAGACGUAGCCGAGGACAUUCCGAUGAAAACUUACCUGUCAUCACAUAUGUAAACAUCGCAAAGCUACCCAAUCACAGAAAUGCAGAAUUUGUGACAUGGCUUCAGACUCGGUUGUUUGGUUCGAACUCAGAGGACCAAGUGAUGGAACAGCUAGUGAAUGUUAUGUGGUGUAAUGUUAUUCAGUACUCGCGACAAGAAGACAAUAUUCCUUGUUGUGCAGUACUAACAGAGCGUCGCCUCUUCCUCCUUCGUCUCAAGCAUGGCAGCUGUGGCUUUAGUGGGGUGCCCGAUCUGGAGACAUUUUACAUAAUGCCUCUCAACAAUGUGCAGCAGGCACUGGCUGGUCCAUGUUACUGCUAUACCAGACUUGAAGAGUCAUUUGUAGGUCCCAGUGGGACAUUCAUCCUGGAAGGUGCAGAUUCUGAUAUAGGGAAAGAGUUCACAGAUGACUUGCAGUCAAGAUUGCAUUCAUCUGAUAUUGGUAGAAUUGACAUUAUCAAUUGUUCCCAAAAUUCUGAUAUGUCCAAGCAAAUAUUUUCCGAAGAAGAUGAUGAAGGACUUUGCACUGGACGUGUAGUGGUCUCUUCUAUUGUAUCUGUUAGUGGUACAGAUGAAAAUGCGCUAUUACUUCUGUCAGAAAACAAGGUGUACCUGAUCCAACAGGAUUGUUUAUUUUGGCCAAGACCAACAUUUAUUAACAAACUGGAAGAUUUUAAAUCAAAAGCCCAUUUCACAUAUUUACAGCAACAUUCAGUGAUGACGAAUAUCAGCGAAAUAAAAAUUGGUGCAAGUUUUCAUUCAACGCGAAAGCACCGUAGAACGUCGUCAUUUCAGAUAAAAAAUCUCUCAGUCCUCUUUGAACCAUUUGAUGUGUCAAUGGUGUUCCAUGAACUGAUUGGUGCAGUAGGGUUUCAGGUUUGUUUUCUGUCGCAGAAAGCUAGGGACUGCUUCUUGGAUCAGCUUACUAUUCUGCGAUCAGAACAUACCCAUAGAAUGUCUCCGACUAUCCGUGAAGAACCAGAAGGUGGCAAUGAGUCGUCAGACAGUCUAGACGCAUCAACGGAUGAUGCUGGUAAAACAAAGUUACAAGAGCAAAUUCAAGGAUUUGAAUCCUCUGGAGAAGAUUUGCAGAGUAGUGAGAUCAAAGUGAGACAAAUUAGAUCAAAAACUAUCGCAAAUAUGACUUUGAACACUAAAGCAGCAUUGACUGCACAUAUGUCGAGGAAACUAGAUCUGAAUUAUCUUACACCUGAAUUGCAGACACAGCUGGAAUCAUGCAUUCGUUCUCAUAAUUUAGUGAAUACCCUGUCACCAAAAUUACUGCUCUUGACAGAAAUGAGAGGCGAGGAGCUGGCACAUUUCUUUCACAGUGAUAUAGCCCUGGUAAAUUCUGAAGCUGAACAGCUGCAUUUUGUUCUAUGGGUCGUUGUGGUGCCAUAUAAGGAUCCACACCAGGAGAUAAUUAGUUGUGUAAUGAUGAGCUCUAGAGCGAUGUAUUUUGUGUCUGAUAGAGUAGUCAAGUCACCGUUGGUUGAGAGACAGGCUUGGAUGACGCACACUAGACACAAAUCUGAUACUGUGAUAGGCUUACAGAGGAAACACGUCGACAAACACCACAGUUCAGGUAUCCUUCACAAUAGUCAGAAAGACAGCACCAUUAUACGAUGCUAUCAUGUGUUCCACUACUCUGAUCUUAAACAGGUCAACGUUGGGCUCUUUGACCAGUGCGUGCGUUUGACUGGCAAUAACUGCAACUCGACAUACACACUUCUGAGCAGAGACGGUCUCAUUACAGAAAAGUUUAUGCGACAGCUCACAACCAUGCUCUCCAUAUUCUCAUCAUCACCAAUGGUAGAUAGAAGCCCAGCUGACGUUGAACAAGAUUUCUAUCGGGCCUUUAACAAGAGAACAAAGACCACAUUGGAAGGCAUGGAAUAUUUGCAUCCCAGCAAAGUUCCUUUCAUUUACCCGGGCGAGGAUACAAUGUCAGACCUGUUGUUUAUAAUAACAGAUUGCCUUAGACUUCCACCGCUGGCUCGUAGAAAAGCAGACAUCCUCAUGUACAUACUCUGCUAUGUCGCUACUUCUGAAAGUCACUGUGGUGCAGUGGAGAGUAUGGAAUCGCGAAGUCUUGUCCUGACCAACGAUUACUUAUGUUUGAUCCAUGAAGAUGUGGCAAGUUAUCCUCUACCAGACUUUGCCAGGGGAUUGCCUAACACAGCCAGAUAUCACAUCACUGACAUCCGCAAAGUCGAUUCUUUAAAGAGGGUUUUGUUCUUUCGCAAAAACGAUCAGAAGCUGACCCUAAUCUUCUCUGAUGAAGCAGAGGAAAUUGUGGUCGAUACAUCUGUGGAACAUUUCAGUGCUGAUGAUAAGACAGCAGGGAGACACUCGCUUCCCGAAGUUGGACUGACCGUUCUUGUACAGUGCGACAGAGACAUCAAUAAGCUUAUGCUUCUUUUGAAAAAUCAAUGGAGGGAUCUACAUGGAGACGAGCUUGAAAUCCACAUACUCUAAUUAUUUUUUGAAAAUUUUGAAUGAAGGUUAAUGAAACAAAUUGACUUCGAAAGGAAGUUUUUUUUUUCUCAAGUCAAAGUAAUUAAUCAAAGAUGAAAAUGUAGAAAGUAAUCAUGCUAAUGAUGAACGCAUGUGUUGCUGUUUGUUAAAACUUGAAGAGACAGAGAAAGCUUAUGUUAGUCUAGAUAACGAUAGUGUUAACAAGCCAUUAUAUAUGAGAAUAUUGUAUUUAUAUAUCUGCAGAAUGAAAUAUGAAGAACAGACUAUUGUGUAACCAGCUUGAGCAUGUUCUUUUUCUACUCACUCUAAUGAGAUAAAAAACAAAUUUCUUUCACUAUGGUACAUCAAACAUCUUGCCUAAAAAAUGGUCCAAUAUCUAGGCUACAGGUGGUUUUCUCAUAGAAUGUAGACAAGUGCUAGUAAUUGGAAGUUAAAUUGAGUUAAUUGGUUGUCAGCUAAAUCAUUCCUUUCAUGAAACAUUAUGUUGACAUUUAGCAAUGUAAAUCACAUUCCCAUAGUGAUUUUGUGAUUCAUCUUGUAUUUUUGUUGUUAUAAGUGUUAAUAUUUGUAAGCAAAUUGAAUAUUUGAUAAUUUGCAUAAUGUUGUGCUAGCAACACUAUUUGUUGGAAUGUGUGUCUUUCUGAAUGACAAGUAUUUUUUCAACAUUUGAUAUAUAUCUCUUUGUCACGUUUGCUAUGUUAGAAAGAUGUAAGAUGAUACAACAUGUAAAGGCACUGUAACGGUUGGUAUGUCCUAUCAGAGUUAUACAUUACUCUUGGGUACGCGAUACACUGUGAGGCCGUCAGCUGAUCUAGACCACUCACUAUGUCUAGAUACACAUUAUAUCUUAUUGCCACGGUUUGACCGAUUAGACAAAUAUCUAUGAUUGUGAAAUGAUGUAUUUAUAUGCUUGUAUGAUGGGAAAGUAUGAUUUUUUUCAUUGACGAAAUGACUUUUUCAAACCGACGGUAAUAAAUCAUUCUUCCCCGCCCCCCUCCCCCCCGUUUUUUAAAGUCAUCACGAUAUCGUGAUCCAUAAAUAUUAGAUGAUUUAUUUCCAAUAAAAUGAUCCAGGUAAUGCUGACAGGCAACACAGUUAAUUUUUUUUGUAACUCGUGUCAUUUAUAUCGAAAUUACGCGUCGAUUAUGCCUGCACUACAGAUACAUUUUCGUAAUACUGUUACACCUUGAAGGACACCACGGUAAAUUUAUUAUUUUAGUUGUUGUAUAUAUACAUCAAGUGUGUCGCCUUAUGAACAAUGACAGUUGGUUUUCGCUGAAAUAUACACAUGAAGAGGCUAAUUCAGUAUUAUAAACAGGAAAUCCUUAUCUGUUGAUCAACACUCUGAGAAUAUGAGAAUUUUGUGGUCAUAUAUGAUAACGCAUGCUCAAAAACACCGUCAAAACAACGUUGACGAUUAGAUUAAUGUAAUUUCUUAAUCAAACUACAGUUAACAUUUACCAUACCCACAAAAUCCGGUACUAAAAAAUGGGAUUUUACUUCCUUUGUCACUGCUGUCUCAGUCAUUUCUACCCGCCAUCAAUUAUUCGUGUUCACGAAAUUAACUGCCUCGUUUUCAAAACUUAUCAGGGCUAUAUUUAGGAGGGGUUUCCCGAACCGAAAAAGUGGUCAAGCUAGACACUGGAAAUCGAUUGUGAAUAUCGGGAUAGCAUAGAAACGGAAAUAGAUAUAUAUAUAUAACCACUUACAAUCAAUAACAAAAAAUAUCUUUACCGUGAUGUCUCUCUAACGUGAUACAGUUUACUACGCUUGUUGCGCUUUGAUUUGGAUUUUAGAUUUUUUAUAACAAUUAUGUUGGCAAAUAAUACACACGUUAUCUUUCAUGGUAAGCAGAUCUGGUUAAUGUACACGAUUCGUACGGUAGUCAAGGAUCAAUCAUAUCACGCGUCUAUGUAGAUUUUUUAUUUCUUAAAAUCAAAUGAGCAUAUGUUUUACUCUAGUUUUAUAUGGUGAACGCUUUGCUAUCGGGCAUUAAGCAAUAACGCUUCUUUAUAUUGAUAAGAGCAUAAUGGAUUGAACCGGUGUCUUGUGGUUUUUGUGGUGUAAAUAUGAAGGUUAGGUUAUAAAAUGUAAAGCAAACAUCAGUCUAUUUUUGGAUCUGCUAAUGACUUAAAUUAUCAGUAUAUAUGUGUAUACUGUUCUGUGUUACAGAAGGUAUAAAUCCUUUCUCGAAAUUAAAACAAAAACAUACAAUUAAUGCAAUGUGGUUGCCUCUUUUUCCAAUACCACUACAGUUAUGCAACACAUAAUAGUUAUGUAAAGUUUUAUGAAUUACAAGUACCAGUUCCUUCCCCCAUCCAUACCCUUCAUAGACACUGUCUCUGCAUUGUAUUGGUUACCCCGUUCAUUCAUAGAUAACAGAAAUCAAUAAACCGCAUUGGAAAUACAUUACUAUGAAGCUGAGGGCGAUUUUAACACUUAAAAUACCUUGUAUAAAGAUUAUAUCCGACCAUGACUGGGUAAAUUUUUGCUAACGGAAUGCACCUUUUCGGCAUGGGAAGGCUUUCCAAGCAUCAAUCUUUAUCAUCCUAGAUUAUUGUGGAGUUGUUGAUUCAACACAUCACACCUGUAGAUUUUAAAAUAUUUUCAGCCAUGGGAUAACUUUAUAUUUUUUAUGCAUCACAUUUUCUUCACAUAUUGUUUGUGAAUAUUUUCAUGUUCUAGUCGAUUGAGUCAUCAAUGCUGCUUCUUUCAUGAUUAGACAUUAUAUGGUUACUGUUGUAUAUAAUUAGUAACUUGCAUAUACAUUGUAUUCAUAAAAAGUUAAAUUAUUUACGUAAGAAGUGUUGUGAAUAACGCGUGUAAGUCAACAGGGAUAUGUCCAUUUGGCACUUGAAAUGUGAACAAUUUACGAGGCAUUUACUUUUCAGUAAGUCGGUGAGGAGACAAAAUUUAAAAUCCAAUUAAACACACUAUAAAAAUUA